AUAAGGAGUUUUAUAUCUUUGCAUUUAUCCCAACAUAUAAGAAUGGAACUUCCCAUCCUUUCCAUCUUUCUCUUCUUCAUCUCUCUUUUAUGGUUCAUUAUCAAACCUUAUUUCCAUUCUAAGGCGAGAAAGCUACCGCCUGGUCCUACUGGCCUCCCAAUAAUUGGGUCACUGCUAAAGCUAGGUUCUAAACCAAACCAAUCAUUAGCCGAGCUAGCCAAAAUCCAUGGCCCGCUCAUGACUCUAAAACUCGGCUCAGUCACAACCAUAGUUGCCUCCUCGGCCGAAAUAGCCAAAGAAAUCCUCCAUAAACACGAUGAAACAUUCUCAGCACGCAUUGUUCCCGUUGCUGUUGCUGCCCAGCCGAACCCAGAAGCAACCCUAGCAUGGGUCAACGGCGAUCAUUUGUGGAAGAAAAAGAGAAGAUUUCUUAGCACGCAAAUGUUCACUAACCAAAGACUCGAUUCGCUCCAAGAACUCCGUCACCAAAAGGCUGCACAACUAGUGAGUCACAUAAGGCAGCAAAGUCAAAGCGGUGCAGCUGUUGACAUAGGACGUGUUGCUUUUGCAACGACGUUGAAUUUAAUAUCGAAUACCGUUUUCUCGAUUGACAUGGUGGAUCCUGAAUUCAAGAAGGCUCAUGAAUUCAAGGAAUUGGUUUGGACAAUUAUGGAGGAUGCUGGGGUACCUAACUUGUCUGAUUAUUUUCCGGUUCUAAAGCGGUUUGAUUUGCAAGGAGUGAAGCGUCGUAUAGAGCCAGCGUAUUUAAGGUUGCAUGAAAUAUUUGACCAAGUAAUUGAGAAGAGACUAGAAGCUAGAGCCAAAGGGGUGCCGAAGACAGGUGAUUUCUUGGAUGUACUACUUGAUCAAUUUGAAGAAGCUGAUGUGACAGGAUUUGGCAAAGAGAUCAAGCCUCUUAUGGUGGAUUUAUUCAUUGCCGGAAGUGACACAUCUGCUAUAACAACAGAAUGGGCAAUGGCAGAACUUCUUCGAAAACCUCAAGUACUUAACAAAGUACGAGAAGAAAUACUUAAACAAAUAGGCACAGAAAGACCAGUGAAAGAAUCAGACAUUGACAAACUUCCAUACCUUCAAGCAGUUGUAAAAGAAGCAAUGAGACUUCAUCCAGCAGUUUCAUUACUCUUACCACACAAAGCCCAAAAUGAUAUAGAAGUGUUGGGCUACACUGUGCCAAAGAACACUCAAGUUCUCGUGAAUGCUUGGGCAAUCGGAAGAGAUCCAAAAUCCUGGGAAAAGCCACUAGAAUUUAUGCCUGAAAGAUUCAUUGAGUCUAGUGUGGAUUACAAAGGUAGGGACUUUGAGUUUAUUCCGUUUGGCGCGGGCCGAAGAAUUUGUCCUGGAUUGCCACUAGCUAUAAGGAUGGUCAAUUUGAUGUUGGCUUCUAUUAUUCAACCAUUUAGUUGGAAGCUACCUGAUGGAAUGGCACCAGAGAAAUUGAACAUGGAGGAACAGUUUGGAGUUAGCUUGAGGAAGGCUGUUCCUCUCGUUGCCAUUCCUAUUAUGGAAGAAAACUAGGUUAUUGUUUAGUCUAUAUAAUGUGAUUUGCCACUUCUUUAUUUCUUUUUAAUAACCUUACGAGACUGUUUCUUUGAGCUUUGUGAUUGUGAGAAGUAUUAUAUAUAGGUAAGGUUUGAGUGUUUUGGAGACGGGAAACUUGAAACUAAUAACGAACUUCAACAUCUUGAUCAAUAUUUUUAUGGCUCAUUAAUUAGGUGAGUUCCAGUUGCCACUUUGAUUUGUGUCCGAUGGGGAUCAUACUGAAUUGUAGCAUAUGCUUAGAAUUUCUAUUUUACUUUCACCAUAUAUUCGCCUUUUUUGUUUAAAUUUCUUCUUAUGUCUUGAUUCACAACUUGUUGUAUGGGUCAAAAUCCGUCUAAUAAAUUUCUUCUUAUC